GCGGAGCCGGGCCGCACGGUACCGCACCGCACCGGCCAUGAGCGUGGGCUUCAUCGGCGCGGGGCAGCUUGCCUUUGCCCUAGCCCGCGGCUUCACGGCGGCAGGGGUCCUGGCUGCGCACAAGAUCACGGCGAGCUCCCCGGACACUGACCUGCCCACCGUGAGCGGGCUGCGGAAAAUGGGAGUGAACUUCACGGUGAGCAACAAGGACACGGUGAAGAGCAGCGAUGUUCUCUUCCUGGCUGUGAAGCCACCCAUCAUCCCCUUCAUCCUGGAGGAGGUGGGCCCCGACAUCGAGGCCCGGCACAUUGUGGUGUCCUGCGCGGCCGGGGUCACCAUCAGCUCCAUCGAGAAGAAACUCUCUACCUUCUGCCCCACACCAAAAGUGAUCAGGUGCAUGACCAACACCCCUGUGAUAGUCCGGGAAGGUGCUACUGUCUAUGCCACUGGAACUCAUGCGGAUGUGGAAGAUGGGAAGCUUUUGGAACAACUGAUGGCCAGUGUGGGCUUCUGCACCGAGGUGGAGGAGGACCUCAUCGAUGCUGUAACGGGGCUCAGUGGCAGUGGCCCUGCGUAUGCAUUCACUGCCCUGGAUGCUCUUGCAGAUGGAGGAGUAAAGAUGGGCCUUCCCCGCAGGCUGGCAGUUCGACUUGGAGCACAGGCUUUGCUGGGUGCUGCCAAAAUGCUGUUAGAGUCUGAACAGCAUCCUGGUCAGCUGAAGGACAAUGUCUGCUCGCCCGGGGGAGCCACUAUCCAUGCCCUGCACUUCCUGGAGAGUGGUGGCUUUCGCUCGCUCCUCAUCAAUGCUGUGGAGGCUUCCUGUAUCCGGACAAGGGAACUGCAGCAUCUGGCAGACCAAGAGACGAUUUCCCCGGCAGCCAUAAAGAAAACUUUGCUGGACAAGGUGAAGCUGGAGUCUCCUUCUCUGUCUGUGGCAUCUGUUAGCAAAGUCAGUCUGUUCACCAACAAGAGCAAGAAGAACUGACCAGACUGAUGUAUUCUGGCAGUGCUGAAUGUCAAUGUCCAGGUUGCAGCCAGCCAAAAAAUACAUUUUUGCGGUAGCCAGGAA